AUAGUUAUUGAAUUGUUUUAACAUUGAAAUAGGUGCUACAAAUUAUUUUCGUUAUAGUAGGCAACCAUAUAUACAUAAUUUAUAUUAUAACAAAGUUGAAGUAGGCUAGUAGCAAACACCGGAAAGAAGUAGAAAAUUAUAGUUAAAUUUUUGACAUCAGUAAUUAUAUUAUUUUGUUACAAAUAACUUUGGAAGAAAAAGUCUAAAUUAGCUGUGUUUUAAAAUAUGUCUGUAGUAUGUUUAACAUGUUUUCAAAAAGGCGAAAUCCUGACAAUGAGUCCAUAUUUUCAACAUAUAUUUGAUGGUUUGAGUUUGGCAAAUAUGAUAAAUUCUAUUUCAACAUUAAAGAUAGAGGAAAAUAAAGUACCAUCUCCAAAUGUCUGUCAAGAAUGUACAAAUACAAUAUUAAGUUUUUACAAUUUGGUAAAAAGAUAUAAAGCAGGGCAAACGUUAUUCACCGAUGUUGACAAGAAGGAAGAAGUAUUCUUUUUAGAAGAAAAAGAUUAUGACAAUUAUGUAGACUGUGAAGCAGUGUCUUAUAAAGAAAACAGUGAUCACGAAGACAAUCAAAAUUCAAGUCAUUCCCCCGAAUGGCCAGAAAAUGACCAAGAAAACGGUAUAUCAACAUUUCCAAAUUAUAUAGGAAGUUCUCUAAAAUUUCAAGAAGAAACAAAACCCAGAGUUAUUGAUGAAAUGGGAAAUGAAGUUAUUUCUUCUGUAAAAUAUACGUGUCAUGAGUGUGGGGAUUCAUUUCUUUUUAGAGUUGGUUUUUGCUCACAUAUGGUUCAAAAACACAACAUUUAUAUUGAAAAUCACAUGUACGAAAAGUAUAGUACCCAAAUAACUAUCAAGAUACCUCCACUUAUUGGAGAUCCUGUAAAUUUCGCAAGAAAAAGUUAUACCAAAAAGCACAUCAAAACACUAGAUGAUUUUCAAUGUCAGGUUUGUAGAGAAUCUUUGGAAACAGCUGAAGACUUGAAACAACAUUAUAAUACACACAAGAAUCAUAUAUGUGAACAUUGUGGAGCAGCUUUUGUAAAGAAUUCUUAUCUAAGAGAUCAUCUUUUAGUUCAUACAUCAGAAAAACGGUAUCCCUGUGAUAUUUGUGGGAAAAAAUUUAAAUAUAGAAAUGGAUUAUCUGUGCAUAGGAAUAUUCAUAUAAACUUCAGAGGAUUUAUGUGUGAUACUUGUGGUCAGGGGUUUAAUGCCAAAAGUACAUUAAAAACUCACAUAAAAUUAAAACAUACCAAUGAAAGAAAUUACCCGUGUCCAGAGUGUGAUCUAACAUUUAAAGUUAAAUCUUGGUUAGAUAAACAUUACACACGUAAGCAUACAUUUAAUAGAACCAAGGAUUUCAUUUGUAACGUAUGUGGUGUAGCCUAUUUAAAUAAAACUACAUUAACAAGACAUAUAUCAGAAAAACACACUGGUACACCUGUAAGACAUUAUUGUACUGUUUGUGACAAAAGUUACAGUAUGAAAACCAAAUUAAAUAUGCACAUGCAAAAAAAACAUAAUAUUAUUUUAAAUACUACAUCACAAUUACUUCUGUAAUAUUUCUUUUUAAUAUGUGUGUAAUGUAUAUGAAUCAGGUAUUGCUUUAAAAAUAGAGUCAAUAUUAAAAAAAAUAAAAUACAAAAUUAUUUGUAGGAAUAGAUAACAUUCUAGAUCUAAAAACUAAAGAGAUAGAGAGUGUGAUAAAUGGAAAAAGUUGUAUCUUUUAGAGCACGUUAUCAAAACAAUGUGAAUUUUCUUCCGUUCCGUCUAUCCUCAUUAUUAAGAAAACAAUCAAAAUUAAAGGAGAGGAUUUUCUUCUCAAUUUUCUGUGACAGCUUACCAUGACAUGAAUUUUUUUGGGAGCAUCCACCAACUUCUAUUUUUGAAAUUGAAGUUAUGAACAGAGAAUGUAAAUACUAAUAAAUCAACAUAAUGUCCUCAUAUUUCCUAAAAAAGGAAGGUGCAACCAACAGACAAACUUUAUAUUCUCUGCUCAUAUGUUACCUAAUAGUUGAUGGCUGCCUUAAAAAAAAACUAUUACAGAAGACUAUAAAGAAAAUACUCCUUUUCCUUUUUGACAGUUUUUGGAGUAAAGAUGAUAGGCAGCACAGAGGAAAAUUGGCAUUUUUUUGUUUUUCUAGGAUAAUCUGAGCAAAAGAUUUAAGAAGCUUUAAAAUGUGCACAUUUUUUCCAUUCAACUUAUUAUAUUUGCAUACUUUUGGUUUUAUUCUCGUCAUCUGAUUAUUUAUUUCAGCCUUGUGAAAUUUCAAUUUUCAAUAAAUUUUAAUCUAAAAUGAUCUUAGGUCAACUGACUUGAAUUGGUAUUAACUAAAGAUUGCUCUUGAAUACAAUAAAAAUUUUUAUAUUCUUAUUAAAAAGAAUAGCAACACAUGAUUCAUAUAUUCAAAAUGCCUGGUCAGAACAAGUUUGUAUUUAUAUUAAAUGUUUUAUAUACUUCUUUUGUAACUUAAUAAAAUUAUUGUUUAUUUGAAUACAUUACAUCAAAAGGAAA